AUGUCGGACUCAUCAUACGGUCUCACGACGUUCAGUCCCUCGGGAAGACUUGUGCAGAUUGAAUAUGCGACGACAGCUGCUGGUAAGGGCACAACUGCACUUGGGGUUAAGGCUAUGGAUGGUGUUGUCAUUGCUGCAGAAAAAAAGACCACAACACCUCUUGCAGAAUCUUCCACUGUACAAAAGGUGUUUGUGCUAGACGACCAUGUCGGUUGCACAUACAGUGGAAUUGGUCCUGAUUGCCGUGUGCUGGUUGAUGCUGCCAGGAAGGCCUGUCAAAGGUACCGCUUGACUUAUCAUGAACCUAUGCCGGUCAGUCAAUUGGUACGCCGUAUUGGUUCCAUUUACCAGGAGUUUACGCAGUCUGGUGGGGUUAGACCCUUUGGUUGCUCACUUCUUGUUGCCGGAGUGGAUGAGCGCGGCUAUCAUCUUUAUCAGGUGGACCCCAGUGGAACGUUUUGGGCAUGGAAAGCCACAUCAAUCGGUAAGGGAAGCUCUGAUGCCAAAACAUUUCUGGAGAAACGGUACACAAAUGAAAUGGAGAUAGAGGAUGCGGUACAUACAGCUCUUCUGACCCUAAAGGAGGGGUUCGAUGGAAAAAUGACUGCAGAAAACACACAAGUAGGACGUGUGAGCGAGGGAAAGUUUGAGCUACUCACAACUGAGCAACUGAAGGAUUACUUGGACCAGAUUUAA